AUGAUUGUGAGCAAAUUUUGGAAACCCGCCAAAGAAGCUUAUAGGUUUAAGAUCCGGGUUAAAAAGGAAAGAAAUCGCAGGAACACAUCCUCCGUUGCUCCACUCUCUCUUGAAUCCGUUGGCCAAGGAAUCGAUGAUUUAAGUCCUAGGAUUGGAUUAGGGUUUGAUCAUACACAAUUGUGGGACAUGGUAGAGGUCAUGGACGAGGACGAGGAAAUCAAGGCCAGUAAGCAGAUACGUAUAAAAAUGAGACAUGCGAUUGAAGACUUGUUGCAAGCUGGUCUUAGUCUUGCAGCAACAGAACCUGUGGGAGCCCGAAAAGAGAUUCCAAAAGUCGACCAUGACCUCUUGGACACACCAGAAGGUGGUCUUGAGGUUAAACUUGAUGGUAUUGGGGAAAACCCCUUCCAUGAUGCUGAACCAGUAAGCAAUACGGUAAGAGGUGGGCUGUUAGAGCCCAUGCCCUUGAGUUGA